GAUGCUUAGGGAAGCUGACAAAUUCUCUCUUUGCUUUCUUGUAAUCAGCAGAAAAUGAGUCUUUUGGGAGAAAGCUUUCCAUUGAGUUAUAGGGGACGAACUGCAUGAAAGCCCAAUCUUUCUUAAUAGGAGAUAAGAAACAGCCAUUUUACAGAACCCAAAAGCAGCAGCAGCAGCCAGGGUAGCAUGACCCUUAGGGCUUUUCCGGGAACAUUGGUACUGGAUAGCACCUCAGUCAGACAGAGAGCCACAGGAUACAGGCCUCUAAUUUCACUGUCCUGGAAGUCCUUGGCAAGUCAAGUCGUAGGUCUCAUCAGAAAGGGAAGAAAACAGAACUUGGCUUUGGGCUUCUAAUUAGGGCCAGGCGGGGAGUUUGGUGCCGGUUUUACCCCACAGAGCCCUGGCCUCACUCAUUUCCCAAGCGCCCCAUGCAGCUGGGCUCUUGGAAUGGUUGUUACUAGCGCAGCCUAAGUUUGAGUUUUUCUCUGGUUGGUGGUGACCGGUAUGCGGCAACUGGCCCUCGGAAAUUUAACUUUGGGUUUUGGCCUCAAGAGUGCUUCAGGCUCUGACCUUCUUGACUCUUAAGGCUAUUUGAUCUUGAUAAGUUAGUACGGGGCACGCAGAGACAGCGAGAGCUUCCCGGAGUUGGCCUUUGCUGGGAUGAGCAAAGGCUUGUGCGAUUAAGUUCUUUCUGCUUCCAGCCAGACCAGGCUGAAGACGACUUGGGCUCUUUCCUACCUUCGCUGAACUCACCCCGACCCGUCAGACCGACACGUCGCUCCCGUAUGUCUCUUUUUUCCUUUUGGCCGAUAACAGUUUAAUCAAGAACGGAAGGUCCGCCGGAGGGGAUCUUGGCUGAGGGAGGCGGCGAAGAAAGCGGCUGGUUAAUUGAUCAUCUGCCUGAAAGACUUGAUGAGACAGGAUAUGAAGAGGCGGAGAGGGGAGGACUGGCAGUUCCGAAGUGCUCCCCUCUCCUCCCCUCCCCUUCCCUCCCCCUUUCACUCCCUCCCUCUAGCUCCCCUAUCGCCUGGUGGAGCCAACUUCAAAUGCAGAGCCUUGGGCACUUUUAGGGAGUCUGGCAGUCAUCAGCCCAAGGGGGAGCGACUGAGCUGCGGGACCUCAGCUUGAAGGGGAGGCUGAGGCGGGGACCCCCUGCGGAGCACGGUCCUGCGGAGACCAUGCUUCGAGCCUGCUCUGCCUGAGUGGGGGGCCCUGAGGGGGACCCGGCUCCUAGAGAGCCCAAUGGUACUUGCCAAGCCUGCUUUCUGUAUGCUGCUCCUGGCUAUACUGGGCUCGGCUCUAGGGCGCGGCAGCAGGCGCAGGGACUGCAACGUGCCCGACGUGCUUCGGCAUUACCGCGCGGUCAUCUUCGAAGAGUUGCAGGCGGUGAAAAACUUGAUGGGCACUGGGGCUCUCAGGCGCCGGGGACGAGGGAGAGCAGGGGGCGCCUCCUGCCGGGCAGAAAAGGAACACCGCAUCUUGAUGUCUAUCUCAUCCAUGGGACGGGCUCUGCGCAAGGCAGUGGCAGGGACCGGGGCUGGACCCGGACGCCGCCGCGGAGCCCUGGAGAAGGCCGUGUGGACAGUGGCCAUGCACACUGAGGCAGUGACCCGAGAGUACUGCGGGACUCUGCAUCAGCGAAGCCAGAAGCGGCUGAGCCAGGAGUGGCAGGAGCGGAAGCGGGGUCCGGAGAUGGAGCCAGAGCUGAACCUGGAGCCGGCCCUUGCCCCGGGUCGGAGUCGGGGUCGGGGCCAGAGACGGCGUCUGUUGGGAGCCGUGGAACACUUGGCUGCCUGUUGGGAGAAAUUGUUCUCUCUGCGCUCCCUGGCUUCGGCCGCCGGGAGCUACUAGGGAGAGGGAAGGGGGGGGGGGGGGGGGAGGCCCGUUGUGUGAUCUCCUCCUUGCCCCGGGCCUCAGUCUCUGGGGCUUUCUGGGCUGUAGAAAGGGAAGGGUCGGCCCUAUGUCUUCCCCCUACCAUGUCUUCCCUCCUUUUACCAAUGUUCUCCAUAAGUGGCUGGAUGUGUAGGCGGGAAGAGUGGAAAGGAAAAUUCCCACUUUCUUCACUUCGGCGCCAAGGAGUCCUGGGUUGGGGGGGCGGCGAUUUAAGGCUAAACAGGCCUUUUUUUUUUUACGUGUCACUAUCCACUUCUAUUCUCCUUCGGCUGAGUUCACCCCUUGAAGUGGGGUGAAGAUGGAGGAAUAGAGAGUCGGAGCAGCAAUUUAGUGUCCCUGGAACUAUAUUAGCAAUUUACGCUUUUGUAUAUUAACUGAAUACAGGCAGAGGUGCGAGGGGAGGGGUCGGGGUGUGUGUGACAGCGGUGCGGGGAAGGUGAGGCGGUGCGAGUAUGGUGCUAAAAGUGAUAUUUGUGGGGUUGACCUGUUUUAAUGCACUUCCCCAACCCCACACUGGAGGCUUUUCUGGACCCACACCCUUUAGAGCCCACGCUAAAGCUGAACCUUUUUACUGUCUGGCGCUGGCAGCCCAGCCCAGCCAGCUAUUCUCUCCAAAGAUCUAGCCCUUGGCAAGGUCCACAUUUCCCCCUCCAAGACCUCGGGGGGGGGGGGAUGCUUGGACCGAGGAGCGUUGCCGAAGGGGUAAAGGACAUUGGAUAGUGACCAAGUGGCAGACUUAAAGACACAAAGCAGGAGCUGGGGCUUUUGGGACAAUUUGAAGAAAAUGAAGAAUAACCUUUCUCAGGCCUUUCAUCUUGUUAACUUGAUAAAUGUUAUAUGAACCUUCUUCCUCCA